AUAACACGAGCACGCACGUCGUUAAAAUUUAGUGUCCUUCGAAAUGUCUUAACAGUUUGACCACAAACAACCCCUAAACCUUUUUUAAUUUCCUCACCCUCUUUUUUAUAUUGUAUUUUUGCAUGCCUUUUGCUGAGUACUUCAGGUACUUAAGUACUUUCGUGAACUGACCCGAUAAAAAACAGUCACGAACCCAUCGCUAUCUUAAAAUUGUUUUGGUUUUUUACUAGGAAGGAUAAAAGGAGCUAGUUUUUUGGUUCUACCUGGUUUUGACAAGGUGCUGCGCAUGCGCAUGACUUUAGAACUCAGUCCCGCAAUAGUUUCGAACAAUUACACAUCUUUACCAGAAGAGCUGAUUAAGUUUCCUGUAGCUAUCGUUCUUGCCUGAUAUAAAGAUAUUUGAAUCAUUCUAUGGACAUUUCAAGGUCUCGUGAUAUAUCUGAGAUUAACUAUGUGUUUCCACACCAGUUGAUUUAUUUAGUCUAUGCAAAACUGCAAUGCAAGUACAAAUGGUUGACGUUAUCAUAAUAUGUUAUUAACUCUUAUAAAUAGAAUAUUUAAAUAUUGGCGAUGCAGUGACCUUCACACGUGAUUAAAUUACAUAUUUACCGGUUUUCCAAUCUCUUAAGAACGAUCAAUGAUGCAAAAGUGCAGCGAACUGGGAAAGAAUUCCAUGGCUUGGCAGCACUUGGUUCGCCUUGGUCAGAGCAACCUGAAGGUGAAGAAGGGCCCAAACGGUCACUAUUUGGACAAAAGGUGCCGGGAUGAGCUGGAAAAGUCGCUACCUGCGAAGUCUUUCAAAGAACUUAUGGUCUGGGUGGCAAAGUGGAUGAAGCGUCUGGACGAGAAGAACGGUAUGGUGCAUUCGAGGAAGGAUUCUGCUGCGAAACCAGAAGAGAUUAAGGCGAACACAACGAACCCAGCUGUUGUGGACCUCUGCAGCGAUGGAGAAGAUGGGGAAUCCAUUGACACCUUUCUGGAUGGGGAUCUCUUGGACUCCGAUUCAGUAAUCUCCAAUUCCUCCCUUGUAGUCCUCGACGAUGAGUUGGGCGAGGUAAACUUAAAGGACUACGCGGAUCACGUGGAUGGAAAACUGGAUGCUGCCUCUAUAAAGAAGUGGAACAACGAAGAGAUGAAAACCACUUUUAGUGCCAAGAAACAGACUACGAUGAAGAAAUACUUGACGCCCACCAAGACGCAGCCCGACACAAGUCCGCCUAAUGUCCUCCGACGUUCUUUGAAAACGUAUGGCAGAAAAAUGAAAGCCAGUCCGAUUGGAGGGGCAAACAAUGUGGCAACUGACACCGAGAAACGAAGCUCCCUGAUACUUAGAGAGCUGAACAUCGAAGGAGGAACAAACUUUAAGACCUCUGCUAAGGAAGAAACUCAACCCGACCUGAUUAUAAUUGAUGAUGUGAGUCAAGAAAACUCCGUCAAAAAGGAAGAAAAUAAUGAACUUCUAAUAAGAGAGAAAACCAAACCAAAGACCAAUGAUGCAAAACCAAAAUCUCCAAUAGUAAAUGAGGAACUUCAAUCGAAUGCCUUGGCUAACAACGAAACUUCCACCUGUGAUUCAUUAAACUAUAAUGAAACUAAGUCAAAAUCAACCGCUAAUAUCCCACUUAAUGAGGCUAUAAAGACAGAUGCAGAAAAGCCAUUAAAAACAAAUGGAGAAGCCAAAGAAAAUAGUGAACCAAGAAAACCUAACAGCUCAGAAUUUCAAGUAUUUGAAAAAGUUGAACCAAGUCCACCCAAAAGUGAAGACCCAAAACUUAUUUUAACGAUAAACGACUCUCUAAAAAUAGUAGACAUAAAAUCCAUGCCGAUAGGGAAGGAAGUGCUAUUGGCUGACUCGCUGUCAAGCAAAGAUACAUCUCCCAAAAAUAUAGAACGGAGACCUCUCGUUUCUGCCCCAAUGGAUUUUAUACGGGUUCGCACCGAUCUGAUAGCCCCAGUUGAACCUCUCAAUCAAGGUCAGGUUGAGCAGAUAGCACCAGCUCAACCUUCCAAUCCUGCAGGAGCCGCUGAAAAGCGAAGGUUGCAGCCGGAGCCGGAAGCAUAUCGAUGCGAAUCGGCCACGCAGAAUAUACAUGGACAGCCAAAAAGACCAGCCAAGGAUAACUAUAUCCCUGCUUCAGUUACCACCUCCAGAUAUCCACCCAAUAUCCCUGUGACCGCGGUAGCAGUUAAUGCCUCCAUUUAUCCCCACAAUGGGGGCUUUGCACCAGUUAUCCCAGUGGCCGCCCCACCAGUGGUUCCUGGCGCAGCUGGUGUACAUCUUACCAACACCAUUUAUUCAUCAAUUAUGCCUAUGGCUCCCGGAUCAGUUAACUCGCUUAUGUACCGAGGACCCAGAUAUCUACCAGGAAUAGCUACCACCUCCAGCUAUCAAGGAAUUAACCCAAGCUAUCCACCAGUAAUGUCUGCGACUCCAGCAUCAAGAUAUCCACCACCUAUAAUCGUUGCUCCUGUCCCAGUUGACACCUCCACUAAUCAACCAAUUAGGCCGGUGCCCCCAGCACCAGUUGUGGUUUCCUCCACUUAUCAACCAAUUAAUCCUGUGGCUCCUGCACCGGCGACAUCCUCCAGCUUUCAACCAAAUAUUGCCGUGGCUCCUGCUGCUCCAGACAAGUACAGUAGUCAACUAAGCGGACGCGAUCCACGCUCCGAUCUGGCCAACAUCAUGGGCAUGCUGGCCCAGGUGGAGUUGUUUGCCUAUGGUCAAAAGAAUCAGGAAGCUUUCCAUCUCGUCAAUCAGCUACGCAUUAGUCUUCAGAGGGGAUCCGCAAAUAAUGGCCAAGCUCCUCAGUGAAAUGCAUAGUUUAAACUAUUAACUAUUGGAGAUUAGUAUUAAAUUAAUUAAAUAACUAAUUCUUUGCUAUGUUAGUUUUUCAAAACUGUUAAAUAUGCCUAUUAACUUUGAUACGCAAUAUCAAAACAAAAAUUAAAUUUAAAUUAUUCUGUUUAUUUAUGGCAGAAUGUGAUUAUAUGAAAUUUAUAUAUGCCAUCUAGCAUAUUAUUAAAUGCAAUUCGAUCUAUUUCGUUAUAAUAAAUUCUUAAGCAUUGAAA